AUGCAUUAUAUUCCCCAUGGGUGUCACACAAACAACCCAACCAGCCCGAUUUUGCUACUUCUGCACGGAUUCUUGGAUUUCUGGUUCAUCUGGAACCGACAGAUUCCAAACCUCAGCAACCACUUUUGUGUUGUGGUACCGGACUUGCGAGGAUACGGCCUUACUACGAAGCCUACAAACUCAGCAGAAUAUCUAAUGUUGAAGCUGGUGGAGGAUGUCAAACAACUGAUUAAUUUUAUAAAUCCUCCAUCAAAGAACAGGCAACUUGUGCUAGUUGGGCACGACUGGGGUGCUAUGAUUGGAUUCUGCUUGGCCACAUUGCAUGAGAGUUUAAUCAGCCGAAUGAUUAUCAUCAACGAAAUGCACCCAAAGGCUUUCUCGAAGCAGCUGCUGCGGAGCCCAAGGCAAAUGAGGAUGUCUUGGUACAUGAUCCCGUUUCGCCAUCCCAGAGUGCCGGAGCAGUACCUCAUGAUGCGGGACUUUGCCUUCUUUGACAAGGUGCACAAGGUCUUUACGGAGCGGGAAGAGUACAUUCACAAGUACAUGUUCUCACAACCAGGUGCCUUGACAGGUGCCAUAAACUACUACCGUGCCUUCAACAACGACAAGGAGCAGCUCAACAAGCUGCGGAAUGCGUGA